AUGGCGUCCGACAGCUCAGACGACGACCGGCCUCUCGCCAGGCCAAACGGCCGUCGUAAGUCCUCCUCGAUGUCGUCCUCCAAGAUAUCUCGCGCCGAUGACAUCGCCCUCGACAAGUCCGUCCCCGCCAAGGGCUCUGGGAUGGCCGGGCUGUCCAUCCGUAACGGACCUGUCGAAAAUGGCGAGAUGGAUCUGGAUUCGCCGGCUACCAACGGAGCUAAGCGCAAAUCCCGAGGCUCUCUGACCAAAUCCUACAAGGAGGAAUCGGAAAGCGAAGGCGAGCCCUUGGCGAAACGACAGCGAUCCAAACCGGACUCCGACUCGGAUGACGAGCCCAUGGUCAAGGCCAGGUCGCAGAAGCUGCCUCCCUCUUACAAGGAGACGGCGCUGCCCGAGACCUCUGACGAUGAGCAACCUCUGGGCGUUAAGCUCGCGAAGAAGAAGGCCGACAUUGAAAAGAAGGCUGAUAAGGAGGCCAAAGCUAUCCGUGCCAAGGAAUCCAAGGCCAAGCCGACACCGAAGAAGGCCGUCAAGGACGAAUCGGAUGACGAUCUACCCAUCGCAGCCAAAAAGCGGCAGUCAAAUGGCACAGCUUCAAAGAGGAAGUCCACCGGAGUGAAGAAGGACGAGUCUGACUCCGAUGCUCCCAUCUCCAAGAAGUCAAGAUCAGUCACUGCUCCGGCCAAGGGAAAGAAGGCCACUCCCGCAAAGGACGCCAAGGAUACCAAGAAGGCCAAAUCCAAGGAGCCCAGCGAGGAGGCGGAUGACGACGAGUUUGAGUGGUGGAAUGCGCCAAAGAAGGAGGACGACAGCAUCAAGUGGACCACCCUUGAGCACAACGGAGUCUUGUUCGCGCCGGAAUACGAGCCUCUCCCGAAGCACGUCAAGAUGUACUACGAUGGCCAGCCCGUCACCCUCGCACCCGAGGCAGAAGAGGUCGCCACCUUUUGGGUAGCCAUGAUGACGCCCGCGUCUAGCCAUCAUCUUGAGAAUCCUACCUUCCGCAAGAACUUCUUUGCCGAUUUCUCCGAAUACAUCAAGAAGUCAGGCGGCGCGAAGGACGGCAAGGGCAACAAAGUCGACAUCAAGAGCCUGGACAAGUGCGACUUCUCCAAAAUCUAUGAGUAUUGGGCGGCGAAGACCGAGGCCAAGAAAAACAUGACCAAGGAGGAGAAAGCAGCUCUCAAGGCUGAGAAAGACAAGCUCGAGGCUCCCUAUCUCUAUUGUAUGUGGGACGGAAGGAAGCAAAAAGUUGGCAACUUCCGAGUGGAGCCGCCCAGCUUAUUCCGUGGUCGAGGCGAGCAUCCCAAGACUGGCAAAGUCAAGGCGCGAGUUCAGCCGGAGCAGAUCACCAUCAACAUCGGCAAGGGGGCCAAGGUUCCCACUCCGCCAGCGGGACACAAGUGGAAGGCUGUCCAGCAUGAUCAGAAGGCCACAUGGCUUGCCAUGUGGCAGGAGAACAUCAACGGUGCCUACAAGUACGUCAUGCUUGGAGCUGCUAGCGAUGUGAAGGGACAGAGUGACUUCAAGAAGUUUGAGAAGGCUCGGGAGCUCAAAAAGCACAUUGACAAGAUCCGCCGUGACUACACCAAGGAUCUCAAGAGUGAGGUUAUGGCGGACCGUCAGAGGGCAACCGCCAUGUACUUGAUCGACAAGCUUGCUCUCAGAGCUGGAAACGAGAAGGACACGGAAAACGAGGCAGAUACCGUUGGCUGCUGCUCGCUGAAAUACGAGCACAUCUCCUUGCAGCCUCCAGACCAAGUCACAUUCGACUUCCUGGGUAAAGACAGUAUUAGGUACAACGAAACGGCACGUGUUGAUCCGCAGGUCUUCAAGAACCUCAAGCUGUUCAAGAAGGCUCCCAAGACGGACGGCGAUGACCUCUUUGAUCGCCUCAACACGUCUCAACUGAACAAGCAUCUCAACAGCUACAUGCCCGGACUGACUGCCAAGGUCUUCCGUACCUACAACGCGUCCUACACCAUGUCCGAGCUGCUCAAGGAACUUGGAAAAGAUCCGCGCUCUCGGGGCACCAUUGCAGAGAAGGUGAAGCUUUACAAUGACUGCAACCGCAAGGUGGCCAUUCUCUGUAACCACAAGCGGACUGUCGGGGCAUCUCACGAGCAGCAGAUGCAGAAGCUUGGAGAUCGAAUCAAGGGCCUCAGGUAUCAGAGAUGGCGGACCAAGAAGAUGAUUCUCGACCUUGACCCAACCCAGAAGAAGAAGAAGGGUGCGGCUUGGUUCGAGAAGGAUGAAGAUCUCGAUGACGAGUGGAUCAAGGAGCAUCAGCAGUUCUUGAUUGAGGAACAGCGCACCAAGAUCACGAAGAAGUUCGAGAAGGACAACGAGAAGCUCAAGGCCAACAAGGAGCGACCUCUCCCUGAAAAGGAACUUAAAGAGCGCCUUCAGGCCGUCAAGGAACUCGAGGCCAAAUUCAAGAAGGAGAACAAGACAGGCAAGGUCGAGGCUGAGGGCAGGGGAGCGAGCGUGGAGAAACUCUUGGCUUCCAUUGACAAGAUUGACGAGCGCAUCAGGAUCCUGGAGACGCAGGCCGAAGACCGCGACGGCAACAAGGAGGUUGCCCUGAGCACGUCAAAGAUCAACUACAUCGACCCUCGUCUGACGGUAGUGUUUUCGAAGAAGUUUGACGUUCCUAUUGAGAAGUUCUUCUCCAAGACUCUCCGAGACAAGUUCCGAUGGGCCAUCAAGUCUGUCGAGGACGCAGACGACUGGGAAUUCUAA